AUGCCUCCUUCAAGUAAACCCGUCGCUCUCGUGGUAGGUGCCUCGCGCGGCAUCGGUCGCCAAGUCGCCGUCGACUUUGCAGCGCAUGGCUACGCCGUCGUCGUCGCUGCCAAGACCGUCAGCGACCCGUCCAAGCCAAUCACCGCCAUCCCGGACCCCAAGUCCAACGAGUCCACCAUUACCACCGUCAGCUAUGAGAUUCGGCAGGCCGGCGGCGACGCGCACCCUGUCCAGGUCGACGUGCGGUCUGAAGACAGCGUCAACUCGCUCAUCCAACAAACCAUCGAUAAAUACGGCCGUCUAGACGUCCUCAUCUACAACUCGGGCGCCAUCUACUGGGCCUCUGUCAAGGACACGCCCCUCAAGCGCUUCAAGCUCAUGCAGAGCGUCAACCCAGAAGGUCUCUACGCCACCGUCCAGGCCGCCCUUCCACACCUCAAAGCCUCCGCCGGCAACCACUCUUCCUCCUCCUCCUCCGGCGGCGGCGGCGGCCGCAUCAUUGUCGUCUCCCCGCCCAUCUACAGCCGCUUCUUCCGGGGCAAGACCGCCUACGCCAUGGGCAAGGUCGGCAUGUCGGUCCUCACCAAGGGGCUCGCCAUGGACUUUGUCCGGGAAGGGCUCGCCGCCGAGCGCGGCAUGGCCAUCACCAGCCUCUGGCCCGCCGUCGCCAUCGAGUCGGCCGCCACGGAGCGCAUGACCAAGCUCAACCCGGACGAGGCCGCGGACCUGCGCAAGCCCACCAUCUUCUCGGAUGCCAUGCUCGCCAUUGUCGGCGCGCCCGCCGACGACGUCAACGGCGAGCUGCUGCUCGACGAGGACUUUUUGCACGACUACUGCGGGGUGAGGGACUUUCGCAAGUACAACGUCGUGCCGGACAGUGAGCCGCGGCGCAUCAUGCCGGCGAGACUGCCGGACCUGCGCGUGGCGGAGCAGGACGAUGAGGGAAAGCGCGUGGAUAGCACAAAGUUGGCCAAAUUGUAA